AUGCUGCCUCUGGUGGUGGCAGCAGGGGGUGGGGAACGCGAGGCAGGGGCGCAGCGCUGGGAUCCCGUGUGGGAGGGAAAGGCGAGGAAGGCUCCAGCACCUGCUCUCUCUCCAAGGAUUCCGGGGGAGGGGCGCGGAGGACAAAGCGGGGGGAGGGGGCAGAGAAAAGGAACGUGUGGAGAGGCAGAGGAGGCCCAGAAAAAACACGGGAGAAGGACGGCGAUUAGCAAAACGAAAACAAGCCUCCUAACCCCGACGGCGGAGGCCUGCCCGGCACCCACACCAGGGUGCUUCGGGGAGUCGACGGGGGACUGCGAGGAAGGGGCGCUACCGCGGCUGGGAAAGGGGGCAGAGACCCCAAGGCAGAGGAAAAUUAAAGAGGGGGCGCUGCGGGACGGCGCUGGGACGCAACUGAAGCUGCAGAGGGGCGAGGAGGCGCCCGCGCCGCGGCUGCCACCACCUCCCACAGCCUCCUCCAGCUCUCGUCAGACCGGGUCGCCGCGCCUCCAGUUAGCCCCGCUGGGCCCACCCCGUCACGGCCACUACGGCCUCCCAUUGGCCAAAGUCUCCGCCACUCUUCAAUUGCCUAGAAGCUUGCGCCGCCCCCAUUGGUCAGGCUCCGUUGUGCCCCGCCCCUAUAGCCCCCCUUCGGUGCCCCUACAGAACCCCGCCACGCCCGCGUUGCCGUCAAAGCGCCGCCAACUGCACCUAGUGGCUGCCGCCCCUGUCCCUCCGCUGCUGCCAUGGAGACGUAUCCCCGCCCACAGCCAGAAGUUGACGCUCUCAUUGGCCGAAAGCGCUGUCGUUCCGGGAGAAACUCGGGUUUGGGUCGGGUUAUUUGGGUACAAGAGGGAAGAGGGAGGGUUCCGUCGGCUACAGAGCCCCAGUGUGAUUGGUUGGCCUUGGAGCGACUCAUGCUUCCAUUGGCUAAGGUCUCCGCUUAUCAUCGUUAGGGUAACGCCCUCCCUGUUCUCUUUCUCUGGCGAAACCUUCGGCCACCAGAGGGAGAAAGCAGGAAAGCCGCGGCGAACCAGGCAGGGGGGUGAAUGCGCGCGCACUUCUGUUCUUUCUUUCCAUCCCCCCUACCCCCAACUCGGCUGGACCUGCGGUUGCCAAGGCGACAAAACUUUAUUGACAACCCUGCCGAGUACAAAGGGCUUUUCCUUUCCUUCCCCGUUCUAGAUCAC